AUGGCAGAGAAUGGCAAAUGGCAGAUGCCAGGGGAGGAUCCAGAAAAUGGCGCUCCUGUUCUUCCCUACGGCCCCAGUGUGUCGCGUGCCCCGAUUGGGUCUGGCUUACGAUCCGGGGCUUGCCCCCAGAGUCCCUUCUUCUCGACCAACAAUACAAUUAGUUUUCCCUUUUCAGCUUGUUGUGAGGGUUCCUCAUUCCGCGCCCCAGUGAAAAACUCAAUUCUCCGCCUUCCCAUUGGUCCGCAAAAGCACGCCCGGCGAUACAGAUCAGCUUUCCGGCGGCUUUGA